CUCGUGUUUCCCCCUGUGUCUCUGCCCCAGGGACCUGUCACAAGUGGGGACGUUGUCAGGCUCACUGCCUCCUUAUGCACUCACCCAGCUAUGGCGCCUCACAUACCUGAGCCUGGCCAACAGCCCUCAACUCCAGGGAAAGCUGCAUGCCGUCGCCCUCCCACCAGCCCUUGCUUUCCUGGACCUCUCAUAUACAGCUGUGUCGGGCGCCUUGCCCCACACUCUCUCCACCCUCACCAACCUCGCUUAUCUUGACCUCACGGCCACUCCAGUAUCCGGACCCAUUCCCUCAGCCUUCUCCCGCCUCACCAACCUCCAGCACCUGGACCUCGCAUACACAUCCCUAUCAGGAGAGCUGCCGUCCACAUUAACUGCACUCUCCAAGCUCUCCCACCUGAACAUUCACCUGCAGGGUGCCCAGGUGGGAGGCUCGAUCAACACGCUCACCUUUGUGUCGCACCUCACCCGCCUGCACACGCUGGAGCUCUUUGGCUUCGACGCCAUGACGGACGGCCACAUGACUGCUCUCAGCGGCCUCUCUACACUCACCCGCCUGCAAAAGCUUGUGCUAGGGGACCUGGGCAGAGUGGUAGGGGAGCUGCCCUAUCAACUCGGCUUCCUCACUCAGCUCACCCACCUGGACCUGUCCUACAACUACUUCUCUGACUUCCCCACCUGGAUUGUUGACCUCACGCGCCUUCAGUACAUAGACGUGCAGCACCAGUACGAGCAGCGCAGGGGCUACAUUCCCCGCGACCUCAACCACCUCACCGGCCUCCGCACUUUUCUUGCUGUUGGCAAUGGCCUCUCAGGCUUCCUCCCAGAGACGUGGAGCCGCCUCACUGCACUGGAACGCCUCAACCUGCAAGGGAACAAGCUGGAAGGUUCCAUCCCUGGCAGCUACUCUGCUCUCAAGGCUCUCACCUUCCUCAAUCUCAACGCCAACAGGCUCUCAGGAACGCUCCCCCAAGUCUUCUCGUCCAAUUUAGAGGCUCUGAACAUUGGCAACAACCAGUUUGGCGGACCCAUUCCGGACUUCCUCGGAUCGCUUCCAAACCUCAUGGAGCUGGAGUUGCGGAACAACCGGUUCGUGGGAGGCAUUCCAAGAACCUUCACUGGCCUGGCGUACAUGCGUGAACUGUCUGUGGGCGGCAAUCAGCUCAGCAUUGGACUCGAUGUCGUUUCUGACAUGCCAUGGCUCGCCAUGCUGAACUUGAAGAGCAACAACUUCUCAGGGACUGUGCCCGCCUCGUUCUCAUCGCUCACCGCCCUCCAGUUCCUCGAGUUGGGUGAGAACCAGUUCUCAGGAAGCUUCCCCUCAGUUGUCCUCACCCUCACCAACCUCAACGCCCUUGGUUUGCAGGGCAACGGCUUUUCUGGCUCCAUGCCACUGGGUGUGUCUGCUCUGGUGAACCUCAACGACCUGGACGUGAGCAACAACCGCUUUCAUGGCAGCAUCCCAGGCGCUCUCUUCUCCCUCACAUCUCUCCGCACCCUCAUGGCGUCGCGCAACCUGCUCUCUGGCGCCCUGCCCUCCGCCCUUCAAACCUCAGCAUCCCUGGAACAACUCCCGGGCGCCAAUGCAAACCCCACCUCUGCUGCCAUGCCUGCGCGCCCCUGCAGGCACCUGGAGGGCAACGGGCUUGCAGGGUCUCUGCCGGACUUCUCUCGCUGGAACACGUCUCUCACUGCUCUGUAUGGUCGCUGUAUGGCCACUGGUGUGGGUGUGGAAUUCUCUAAAGUAACAUCGUGCUGCCUCCUGCCCAUGCCCGGCCAUCAGGUUCCUGGCAGGCAACAACCUCACGGGCCAUAUCCCCCCCUCCAUUUCCACCCUCACCUCCCUCCUCAUCCUCCUGCACAGCAACCAGUUGGAUGGGCCCUUCCCAACCGGCCUCCUCUCCAUCACCUCCCUCGAGUCCCUGUGAGCCCACCCUCCUGGGACAUGGCAAAGCCAUGGAUCGCAUGCACAGGAGUGAAGCCAACACUUUUCACAUUUGCCAUAAGGUCGCCCAGGAUCCCCGCAUCGUGCCAUGCCACCAUACCCCUGCACCAUGGCUUCUUCCCUUCACUCACUCACCGUUUCCCUCACCACCCUACCCGUGGGGCCCUGCCCACCAGGCUGCUGGCGCGCAACAGCAUUCAGGGCACCCUCCCAGACAACCUGGGCCAGCUCUCAUCCCUGCGCCACCUCUGGUUGAGUCGCAAUAAUCUCACAGGGAAGCUUCCGUCCUCCUUCUGUAACCUCUCCCGUUUAGAAAUCCUGUACCUGAGCAGCAACAGCUUCUACGGCCCCAUCCCUGAGUGUCUCUUCAGCGCCUUCCCCUGCCUCAACAGACUCUUCUACGGGCGCAUCAACCGCAACUUUGAAGGCAUAGUGCCCACGGCGGGGGCUCUCCUCAACCUCGCCCACAACUACUUUUACGGCGACCCCGUGCUGUUCGCCAGUGGCUGCCAGUUCUGCCCGUCGGAGAUUGCAGGGGAGAGUGUGGUGGAGCCCGGGGAAUUGAGCGUGCAGGCUGGAGGGAACUGCGUCGUACAGUCAGAGGCCGGCAGAGUGCCGCUGGUGGUGGCACGGCAGUACGAGACGGGGCAGGCGAGCCUGGCCCACAACUGCUUCCAGCCCACCGCCCCGCUCUCCUGCCCCGCCACACCCUAUUCCAACCCCACCACACCCACCAACUCCUCCGUUUCCUCCUCCUCACCCACGUUCUCCCAGCGCACACCAGCAGCAUGCAGGGCGUUCUGCAGCAUCACGGACAACGGCCCCUGUGACGGCCAUGGCGCCUGUGUGCCGCCCCCCCAGGGCCCCGACUCCUCCCAGGGCUCAACCGCCAGCUUCUCGUGCGAGUGUGACGCGGGGUACAGUGCGUUUGACAGCGGUAACGGGUCCACGUGCGUCAUUCUCACCACCACCACUGUGCCUGGUCCAGGCCUAUCACCAGCAGCAGUGGCAGGCAUCGCACUGGGUUGCUUCUUCGGGCUAGCUCUUCUAGCAGCCAUCCUCGUGUGGUUUCUCCUCCCCAAACGCCGCCGCAAGUGGGGCGACCUAGACGUGUGUCACGAGUUCUCCCUGCAGCAGCUCGUGCAAGCCACCGACAACUGGGCCGAUGCAAACCGGCUGGGGCGGGGGGGCUUUGCAACGGUGUACCUUGGAGUGUCGCCGCAAGGGGAGAUGUGGGCCGUGAAGCGAUGUAGAGUGAUGACCAACGACUUUGAGAAGGAGGUGCGGGCCAUGGCAACGCUGAGGCAUGAGAACCUGGUGCGGCUGCUGGGGUUCUGUGUGGACAUGCAGGUGGAGAGCGGACGGCAGGAGCAGGUGCUGGUGUACGAGUAUGUGGGGAACGGUGACCUCAAGCACCACAUCCACCACGCCAAGUGCCCCCUCACCUUCCACCAGCGCCUGCGCAUCGCCCUGGGAGCAGCAGAGGGCCUGUCUUAUCUGCACAGCUUCAGCACGCCCAUCGUGCACCGCGAUGUGAAGCCCGCCAACAUCCUCGUCACCGACUCGCUGGCCGCCAAGCUCGCUGACUUUGGGCUGCUGAAGCAGCUCACUGAAGGGGACGGGGAGGGCGGUGCCACGCGGAUUGCAGGCACGCCGGGGUAUGUGGACCCAGACUACAAUCGCACACGGGUGGUGUCCCCAAAGACAGACGUUUACAGCUUUGGAGUGGUGCUGCUGGAGAUGCUGACAGGCCGGCCCGCCGUGAUGAGCGAAGAGGACUACCACAUUGCCACGUGGGCGGCCCAACGAGUGGCGGAUUACGAGCUAGACCUGCUGAAAGACCCUUCCAUGGAGGUGCCAGAGGAUGCCAUAGUGGAGUUUGCAGACAUUGCUCUCGACUGCCUGAAAAUGCCGUGCACGCGCCGCCCCGACAUGAAGGCUGUAGUGCACCGAAUCGACGAUAUGAUUCAGAAGUACUGUACUGGUAAAGGUGAGCGGGUGGCUGCUCCCGCUGAGCCUGUAAUGAGAGAACUCGUUAGUGAGGAUGUGGAUAGUGUUGGUAUGGAAGGCUUCGGAGGUGUUAGCGGGUUCACAAGCACAGAAAGCACUGACCAGAGCGGUGUGGUUAGUGGGCAAGAAAGUGGCAGUCUCUUGGGUAAGCGAGUGGUGGAGGGAAGGGAUUCGGAAGAGGCGGUGGGUUUGAGGAAUUCAGCCACGGAUAGCAUGACGUCUAAAGGCUCACAUGCAGAGCAUAGUGCAAUCGAAAAUAGAGUUCAUCCCCGCUGA